CAUGGACUGCACGUAACCUGUCUCCGACGAUUUCUUGAUCUUGAAAAGUAACAUUCACAGAAAACGUUUUAAAGCGACGUUUUAUUGAGUAACAGAUCACGUGCAUUCGGUUCUGGAUGAUAGAAUUUGUGAAAAAAGAUAACGCGGCGUAAACGAUUGCUAGGAUCGUCUAACAAUAAUUGAUAAUGGGCAAGGGACAUAAACAUUUAAAGCGGUUGAAGUCAGAGAAAGCGAAAGUGAAGUUGAAAACGAAGAAAGAGAAACAUUUACCGAAAGGGUUGAAUGUCACGGACACUUCGUUCAAAGUUAAGAAGAUCAUCAUACGUGAGCAAUUGAAACAGCACGAUGACACCGAGAUUCUUAGCAAAAGGAAGCUUAACAUCAAAGAUUUACUCUCGCGUUUGCAACAUCAUAACACAACGGUUCGACAAAGCGCUGUUAGAGAACUGAAAGAAAUUUUGUCCGAGCAUUCUACGAGUUUGUUGAGCUCGCAAUUUGGGUCUCUGUUACAAGGGAUUUGCGCGUUGAUCCUGGAUAAGGAAAGAGCCAUAAGGCGCGAUUCUCUCAAGAUUUUGGGCCUGAUUCUCGGACCUGUCUCCAACGAUCAGCUUAAUCCGUAUUGUGAUGUUUUGAUUUCGUAUCUGAGAUGCGCCAUGACUCACAUAGAUCCUUACAUUAAGGAGGACGCUUUGCUGUUCUUGGAUGUCCUUGUUAAAAAUUGCAGCCACGUUCUAGUAAGAAACAGCUACAAAGUUAUACCAAACUUUUUGGACAUGAUUUCCAAGUUGCAUAGUGAAACGAAACCUGGCAGACAAUUGGUAACGACGUUGAACACGAAGAAUACGGAUGUUAAAUGGAGAAUAAAAGUGCUGGAAAGAUUAGCCACUAUGCUCAGCUCCAUAGUCGGUUUCUUCAAAUCUCAGCAAGUCGUUGCUUUACAAGAAAGUGGGAGAGUCGUACACGUGAAUGAAACUACCGGAUAUAUACCUAUUUACGCUGUAGCCAGUUCUCAGAAUUGCGAGAUCGAUUUUGAACAAACUGAAUUGAGGGAGAACGCUAGUGAAAAAUCUUUAGAUGCGGACGGAUUAAUGAAAUACGUGGAAUCGUUGAUGCCACUUAUAUUUGAUAGCUGGAUCGAGGUGUGUCCAGAUGAAAAAGGUGUCAACGAUUCCGCACUGUUACUCUCUAUGGAGGCCUUGGAAUUAUUGAAGAGUAUCGUAGAAAUUCUACAAUUGAUAAUCGAAUGCAUAGACGUGUUGUAUGUCGAUUGCGACGUGAAUAUUAAGCACUGGUUUAAGAGCAAUUUCGAAGGCCCUUACGUAAAGAACUUAUUUUCGAAAUUUCCGUACAAUAAGUUAACCGCAGCCGGGAAUUUUCUCUCCACGAUCAAAAGUACCAAUAGGAAACGGCAACAAGAUUUUUCUUUAAGCGAAUCGUUCGAUAUCUGUUUAGGAUACAAUCUGGGACUUAGUCAAAUUUAUGUAUGGUUCACGUCGGUAAAAGUCGACGAUAGAUUUAUGUCUAAACCGAACAGAAACUACUGCUCAUCUAUAAUUAACUAUUUAAAUGAAAAGCUCGAGAACUGGUCGAGUAUAAAUGACAUUGUACUGCCGCAGUUGACCAAACUUUUAAGAACGUUGUUCUUAAAAGCGAGUAAAGUUUGGUACAAAAAUCGUCUCGAUUUGAGCGAAACAUUACAGUUGGUUGUGAACGCAUGCUGCAAUCAAUCGAAGAAAGAGAUGCAAUUACAAUUGUUUUCUGUGAUCAGCGACGUGAUGUUGGAUCAUACCCUGCAGGAACUGCAUAGGGAGAACGCGUUUAAGGAAUUCAUCUCGACUUUACCGAAUCUUCUGUUAAAACCGAGGAUACAUGAAAACACCAUACAAAUAAUAAAUAAGAUUGUGCUCCGGUACAAAGAUUGGAUUCGAAAGGAACUCGUGGUGAAUCAUGAUAGCAUAAUCGAGAAUGCUAAGAAGAUCGAAAUAAUCGGAGCCCAAGACGAGCAACUGUCUCGUCUUAUGAUAUGUAAUUUGUUUUAUUUCUUGGACACCCAAAUUUUCUAUUAACUAAACGAUAUGUAAAUAAAGCAUUUGUAUAUAUAAGUAAA